CUCUGUGGAAUGGAUUUUAGCCGUAGAAUCGGGAGUCGAGCAGCGAGGAGACCGCAUCUGAUAUUUGCCGCGGUGCUCCCAUGCGUAGCCGAGUUUGCGGAGAAGGUGGCGGAACGAACGCGUCGGCCCGCGUAGCUUAUUCUGUCAGAUUGUUUCGACGGGCGAUUCGGUGCCAAAACCGCCUUUUCACUCCGAGAUAUAAGGAAAUCCGUGCCGUGAUUUUUCUGCUGCUAGCGGGCUUAAGGGAACGGCUGUAGGAAAACAAACAGGUCGAACGAAGAAAGAUCGGUGGCCGGUCGCAUGAAGAGGUUGAUACGCUGCGUGGACUUCGGCGUUGCAUGCGUUCGGAAGACGGUGCUUUUUACCGUUUUUGGGUUAGGUAGCUAGCUACGCGUUUGCCACUUCGUCUGUUGCAAUUGCAUUUUUAUUUGAACUUGGUGUAAACGCAUAUCUAGCCAGCUAGAUAUGUUAUCGCUUGCUAACGUGCACUCGGUGCUUUUAGACCACAGUCUGUCUGCUGCGGGUUUUUGUUAUUUUGAUGUGUUGGCUCACGCUUUAAAAGUCGACGUUUCCAGCAGGCAUUGAAUAGUUAACGGUCCACAUUCGAGGAAAACGUUAUGCAUUCUAGGCGUUUGGUGAAGCGUUCUAUCCUCGGGAGUCGCGUCUAUGCGCCUAGCCCGACGGGAGACGGGGCUCUGAUCACAGGAGUGGUGCAGGCUGUCAAACAAGAAAACAAGGAUGCUUCGACUGGACCUCGCCGAAACGUGUACACGGUGCUGAUGCAAGACGGCAGCUUGAAAGAGUAUUCCGAGGACGAGAUUGCCGUGGGGCCCGCUCAAAUGACUGCAAAAGGACCGCUCAAGUCGAGUUUGAAGCAAAGCUCCUGCAAUGGUCGGGACCAGCCGACAGAACCCCAGAAGGGCGAGGCCAACUCCCUGGCGCCAGAGCCAGCGGAAGACUGCAAGUGGGCGGGCCGGGCUCUGGACCCAGAGAAGGACCACGCCCGCUCCGUGUCCCUGUUGGAGCAGAAACGCAAGGUGGUCUCCUCCAGCAUCGACGUCCCCCACGCCAGGAAGUCGGAUGAGGAAGUGGACAUGGACAAGGUGACCGCGGCCAUGGUGCUGACCAGCCUUUCCACCAGCCCUCUGGUCAGAAGCCCGCCCGUCAAAGUCAAUGAGUGUCUGAACGGUUCCUGGAAGGACGGGGCGUUCACCCCCUCCAGCUACAGCAGCAGCGGUUACUGGAGCUGGAACGCCCCUAGCGACCAGUCCAACCCCUCCACGCCCUCCCCGCCCCUCUCGGCCGACAGCUUCAAGCCCUUUCGCAUGCCCAGCGUGGCGGGCGCAGCCGACGACGUCAUCGACGAGCCGGACGGGAGCAGCCUGCUGUUUGACGAGCCCAUCCCCCGCAAGCGGAAGAACUCCAUGAAGGUGAUGUUCAAGUGUCUGUGGAAGAACUGUGGGAAGGUUCUGAGCACGGCCGCGGGGAUCCAGAGACACAUUCGGACCAUACACCUGGGGCGUAACUGUGAUUCGGAGUGCAGCGACGGCGAGGAGGAUUUCUACUACACCGAGAUCAAGCUGAACACCGACUCGGUGGCCGAGGGCCUGAGCAGCUUGUCCCCCGUGUCCCCCUCGGUGCUGUCCCCGCCGCCGCCACCCCCCGACCAGAGACGCCCCGACGGCAACACCGGCGCCAAGAGCGAGAGCACCACCACCACCCCCCUCAGCCGCUCUGCCCCAAGCACUCUCUACCUCGUCCACACUGACCACGCCUACCAGGCCACCGCCCCCGUCUCCAUCCCCAGCUCCACCAACUUCACCCCCAGCAGCUGCAGCAGCUUCAGUAUCUCCUGGCAGUCUCCUCCUGUCACCUUCACAGGGAACUCUGCCUCUCCUACCCAUAGCCGCACCCAGAGCUUUGGGGAGCAGCGCCCACAGUCCAUCGCAGUGCUCUCUUCACCCCCCAGAGCCUCCAGCUCCCUCAGGAAGUCCCGCGGGGAAGGGAAGAAGUGCCGGAAGGUGUACGGUAUGGAGAACAGGGACAUGUGGUGCACGGCCUGCCGCUGGAAGAAAGCCUGCCAGAGGUUCGUGGACUGAAAACCGCGGCUCCGUCACCGCGGAGACCGGGAGGGGGCUUUCCAUCAGCUGCGCAGCAACACU